CGAUCUUGGUGCCAAUUAUCUGACAGGCUCAAUCCCCAGCGCAAUUGGCAUGCUUACGAACCUGAUUCACGCAGAUUUUGGUACAAAUCAGCUCAAUGGCUCAAUCGCUGGUUCAAUUUGCAACCUCACACAUCUGACCUACCUAAAUUGUGAUCAAAGUCAGCUAACUGGUUCGAUUCCAUCUUGCAUCAGCAAUCUGAAAAACCUACGAUCGCUGCAUCUGGGAGGCAAUCAGCUUGACGGCCCCAUUCCUCCAGCUACUUUGAGCCCUUUAACAGCAUUGAGAACAUUAGUUUUAGCCAGCAACAAGUUCAGUGGAAACAUUUUUUUCGUUUCGACACUCUCUACUGAAGUGGAGAUCCUGAUUCUCAACGGCAAUCAGUUCAGUGGCUCUAUUCCUUCUGACAUUGGCACUCGCUUGCUCAAACUGCAAUAUGUCUUGGUGCCAACGUGCUUGUGUGAACCGGGAUACGUGGUGUUCGGAAGGUUCAACUGUCUUGCAGAAGGUUGGGAUCGUGGCCUCUUUACCAACAAGCCUAUGUUUCCUUUAUUCACCAUCCUCACCAAGGGAACGCAGCGACAGACAGUGGGGAAGUUUAUGGCGAAGCCAGGUGAAGCCAGAGACGCCGCUGCUGCAGAGGGAGCUGUCGCUGUGCACGGUGCUGCAGCCUAUGAGUGUGUUGUUAUUGUUGAAGGUGGUGGUGAUGAUGAUGAUGAUGAUGAUGGUGAUGAUGAUGAUGAUGAUGAUGAUGAUGAUGAUGAUGAUGAUGAUGAUGAUGAUGAUGAUGAUGAUGAUGAUGAUGAUGAUGAUGAUGAUGAUGAUGAUGAUGAUGAUGAUGAUGAUGAUGAUGAUGAUGAUGAUGAUGCUGAUGCUGAUGAUGAUGGUGAUGGUGAUGGUGAUGGUGGUGAUGGUGAUGGUGAUGAUGAUGAUGAUGAUGAUGAUGAUGAUGAUGAUGAUGAUGAUGAUGAUGAUGAUGAUGAUGAUGAUGAUGAUGAUGAUGAUGAUGAUGAUGAGGAUGAGGAUGAGGAUGAGGAUGAGGAUGAGGAUGAGGAUGAGGAUGAGGAUGAGGAUGAGGAUGAGGAUGAGGAUGAGGAUGAGGAUGAGGAUGAGGAUGAGGAUGAGGAUGAGGAUGAGGAUGAGGAUGAGGAUGAGGAUGAGGAUGAGGAUGAGGAUGAGGAUGAGGAUGAGGAUGAGGAUGAGGAUGAGGAUGAGGAUGAGGAUGAGGAUGAGGAUGAGGAUGAGGAUGAGGAUGAGGAUGAGGAUGAGGAUGAGGAUGAGGAUGAGGAUGAGGAUGAGGAUGAGGAUGAGGAUGAGGAUGAGGAUGAGGAUGAGGAUGAGGAUGAGGAUGAGGAUGAUGAUGAUGAUGAUGAUGAUGAUGAUGAUGAUGAUGAUGAUGAUGAUGAUGAUGAUGAUGAUGAUGAUGAUGAUGAUGAUGAGGAUGAGGAUGAUGAGGAUAGUUUGGAAGUGAACAGGCGAGUCCAGACCACUCGAGGUGAGCUCUCUCUGCCAUGUGACAACCAGCAGUUGGUUGGUGCAUGCUGGGCGUAUGCGGUGGUGGCGAGUGUGGAGGCUGCGUACGGCAUCGCAUUGAAUCAAGCUGCUCCCCAGCUGUCAGUGGAGCCACUCUUUGCAGCCAUGGGGCUCACCGAUGCAGACAAGUGCACCGCUGGAGGCUCCCCCACUGCCGCCUUUGAGAAGCUCGUCACUCUUGAUGCCACCAGUGGACUCACAGAUAAUAGUGACCCGGAAACAACAUACCCGGUGGCAGCAUUUGAGCGGACGCUCUUCAAGGGGUACUUCGGGCUCAUGCUGGCAGUGCGGCGCCAGCCAGUGGUGGUUCACAUCGAGGCUACUGCUGAUACGUUCUUCCAGUAUGAUGGGACGUUCAAGUACCAGGACCCUGCGUGCUACACGGGCAAUCUGAACCAUGUGGUGCUCGUCGUUGGCUACUUCAUUAACCGAGAAGACAGCAGCCAAAAACGCAUCACACCUCCAUUUUGGGUCAUCCGCAACUCAUGGGGAGUGGGGUGGGGAGACAAGGGCCACAUGCGCAUGGGCAUUCAAGGAGGGGAUGGCGUGUGUGGCAUCAACGUGCUGCCUGGCAUCUACCCCAUUGUCAAGAUUCCAGGGGACCCGUGCGGCAACAACAAUUACAAGGGCGACCAGGAUUUGUACGGCAUGAACCCGUGUGGCCGGUUCCCAUGCCAGAAGACUACUCAAGGCCAUACAUGCAGCUGCGUUAUUCCUCAGCUUCCCGAAGCUACGCCUCAACCUUUUGUCGAGGUUGACAACGGAGUGGACGUGUGUGGGUCGUACUUCAAGAACCCCUGCUACGUGGGCACAUGCAUCAACGAUCUCAAGGGCUCCUACUCCUGCAUCUGCCCUCCCAACUACAUACAGAGAGUCACACUCUACGGCUUCCCCACCUGUGAUCCAGCGAAUUUUACAGCCGACAGCAUGACAGUUACUGGAGACAACUGGCACUGUUACGAUGUAUUUUCUCUUGUUGGAAUUGAACCGUUUGUAUUCUAUUCAUGGAAUGAGGAGAUAGAUUGCAACCAGCCAUUGCCCAAAGGCAGUCUCAUUUAUCUGGUUGGUGCUCCUGAAGAUACUUGCACUGCCUUCUUCUACGCUCUAAAGGGCGACACCUGUUGGUCCGUCAGCACCCAGCUCCGCUUCAGUGUGCAACAUCUUUACAACAUGAACCCCGGCCUUGGCUGUUGGGAAAGUGGCUUCAAUGUGGGCCAGUCAGUGUGCAUCGAACGCAGCUCUGAUUUCGCCUACACUGUCCCUGAGUGCCUAAGAUACGACACGCUGACAGCGCAAGACACGUGCGAGGUGCUGCUUCAAAGGACCGCCAAGGAGGGGGGUGGGGCUGUCAGCGGAAGUAGCUGGGUUCAGCUGUACCGCAACAAUCCCGGCCUCACCUGCUCCAGCGCCAUCUCGAGCAACACUAAAGUGCAG